UAAAAAAAUAUGCUUCUAGACUUUCUACAAAUUACACAGAAUAAUUUAGACCAGGGAGUGUGUUUACUGAACACUGACAGAAAUCAGGUGGUGUGUUUAUUAUAUGUGUGUGUACUCUGCACUGUAACCAUCAGUACACACCAGAAAUACUCUAACUUGGUCUACAAUGCAAAGCAGACUCAUUUUCACACAUUUUCAUGCUUUAUAACAUAAUAAUAAUAAUUGUAUUUCAGUCUUAGUGUCAUAAAUCUGCAGUGAGAGUCCGACAUAUUUUCCUGCUUUAGUUUUCUGCUCUUUGAUUUCUGGGAGACGUUGAACUGCAGCAACAUGUCAUCAUGUGUCACAGGAAAUGGACACCAGCCCUCCUCUUUCUCCUCCUCCCUCCUCCCCUCCUUCCUCUUCCCUUCCUCGUGUUCUCCCUCGUCCCGUUCCUCUCCAUCCUUCUCUUUGUCCCCCUUUUCUUUAUCCUUCUUUUCCUGCCUCUCUUUUCUCUUUUACCUCUUUUCUUCCUCCUCCCCCCUCCGCUCCUCCUCUCCUCUUUUAUCCCUCUCUUCUUCCUCCUCCUCCUCCUGGUCUCCCUGCAGUCUUGGGUCCAGCUUACCCUGCUCUCAUCUUCCUGCCGGCGGCUCACCUGACCAGUCCGGUCAGCGCUCUACCAUGGUUUUGGCUCCUUCAUGGACAGUUCUUGGUCCCUUUUGGAUCCCAGAUGCCGGUGUUUGACGCCCGCCCUGCUGCAGCCACCCUGAACCCCGCUGCUCCCAGAAGAGGAAGCGUGAUGAUGAUGACGACAAGCUGCCAUGUGCCAAAAAGCCACGCAAGGCCUGAAGCUAACGACGCGUCUGAGUGGCCUUCUUGAAGUGUGGUUCCAGAGGGUUGACCAGAAGUUCUGGGACCCCGCCGGAGAUCACCACUUCACUAAGUUUUACAUUUCAAUGAAAUGUUUAACUUCUGUAUAUAGUUCACUUUUGUUCUUUCAUGUUUUAUUUAUUUUUUUUUCAUUUUACAUGUAAAUAGUUCAUUCAAAGUUUAAUUUAAAAAUUCAAAAUAGUUUUCUUUACUGUCCCUCUGCAGUGUGCACCAUCUACCUCCA